GCCAGAUAUAAAUAAAUGUCGCCCGAAAAGCGAAUUUUAUUAGUUUAGAGUUUUUAUUGUAACAAAAUCAUCUGUUUUACAACGACAAACAAGGAAUGUGCCUUUCCGUUUUUACUACUAGCCUAUCGCACUACUUAAAUUAAUCGAUUUUUGGUCAAUUUGUAAAACGGCACGUUUUCUGCAGUCGAUUGAAGUCAAAGCCGGUUGUUUCAUUUAUUCAAGAGAGUUUUCCUUAAGUUUUUUUUCGAAAAUAUCGUUUAGUGUAGUUUUUUUAAGUCUUUUGUGGCUUUUUGGUGAUUCGAUAUGGGGAAAUGUUGGCCAUUUUUCAAAAACAACAAAAAGGACGAUAAUCAAUCGCCGAAUUGGUUGACUGCCAGCGAGGCGAGUAGUUUGGAAUUCAAAGCAGUCGCCGAAAGGUUAGAGGUAGAUGUCAGCAAAGGAAUUAGCUGGCAAGAUGCCACACAAAGAAGAGUGUUGUGCGGAUACAACGAAUUCACCGUAUCGGUGGAGGAUCCUCCAUGGAAGAAGUACUUGGAGCAGUUCAAAAAUCCCCUCAUCCUGCUACUGUUGGCUUCGGCAGUCGUGUCGGGAGCCAUGCAGCAGCUGGACGACGCCAUCAGUAUUACGGUCGCCAUUAUUAUUGUCGUCACCGUAGCUUUCGUGCAGGAAUACCGAUCGGAGAAGAGCUUGCAGGAGCUGACGAAGCUGGUGCCGCCAUCUUGCCAUUGUUUACGCGAAGGAACCCCUGACACGUUUUUGGCUCGGGAAUUGGUUCCUGGAGACAUUGUUCUCCUAAAUGUAGGUGACCGUGUCCCUGCAGAUCUCAGAUUGUUUGACGCAGUCGAUUUACUUAUCGACGAAAGUAGUUUCACCGGUGAAACAGAGCCCUCUAGGAAAAAUACUAACUCCGUUUUGAGACCAAACGGAGCACACGCAUCCAACACCAAUAUAGCUUUUAUGGGUACUUUGGUUAGAGCAGGAAAUGGAAAGGGUAUCGUGGUUAGUACUGGAACAAACAGCGAGUUCGGUACGGUUUUCAAGAUGAUGAUGGAAGAAAAGGCGCCUAAAACUCCACUUCAAAAGUCGAUGGAUUCGCUUGGAACGCAGUUGUCGCUAUACUCAUUCGCUAUCAUUGCUGUCAUUAUGCUUAUCGGCUGGUGGCAGGGCAAGGUGCUUUUGGAAAUGUUCCAAAUAGGAGUCAGUUUAGCUGUAGCUGCCAUACCUGAAGGUUUACCUAUCGUUGUAACGGUAACGUUAGCGUUGGGCGUGAUGAGAAUGGCUAAACGGAAAGCUAUAGUAAAGAAACUGCCAACAGUUGAAACACUCGGUUGCGUAAAUGUUAUUUGUAGCGACAAAACAGGAACGAUUACUAGAAAUGAAAUGACCGCUACUGUUUUGGUUACUUCGGAUGGAUACAUCGCAGAAUUGACAGGUGCUGGAUAUAACGAUCAUGGUCAGAUACUACUGCACAAGUGUGACUAUCCGGAGAAGGCUAGAGAAAGCGUCGCCAGCUUGCUCGAGGUAGGGGCUGUAGCUAAUAACGCAAUAAUAAACAACGAGGUUUUGAUGGGACAACCUACUGAAGGUGCUCUGCUAGCCGCUGCAAUGAAACACGGCAUGUAUAACGUGGCAGAUAGAUAUAUUAGGCUGCAGGAAUAUCCAUUUUCAUCCGAACAGAAAAUGAUGGCGGUUCAGUGUGUGGGCAAGUACGAUGCCGACAAAAAAGAUAUAUUUUUCGCUAAAGGCGCACUGGAGAAAAUUUUACCGAAAUGUACUGGAUAUAGCGUGAACGGGGCAAUUCAACCAAUGACUGAAAAGAAAAAGGCGGACUUUCAAGCCGAAUGUCACGAAAUUGGAAAGAAAGGACUAAGAGUGAUAGCUUUAGCAAAAGGUAAUACAUUAAAUGAAAUGAUUUACAUGGGAAUUGUGGGUAUCUGUGACCCUCCAAGACCGAUGGUUAGGGAAGCUAUUAACCUACUCAGUGAGGCAGGUGUUCAGGUUAAAAUGGUGACGGGUGAUGCUAUGGAUACCGCUGUAGCCAUCGCACAAUCUAUUGGUCUUCAAACACUUUCCGGCAACAUUUUGUCCGGCGAACAACUAGAUAGCUUUACAGAAACAGAACUUGAUGCUGCCGUUCCGGCAGCUACAGUUUUCUACAGGGUGUCCCCCAAGAACAAAUUAUCUAUUGUCAAGUCACUUCAGCGAUCCGGAUUUAUAGUAGGAAUGACUGGCGAUGGUGUGAAUGAUGGUGUAGCUUUGAAGAAAGCCGACAUUGGUAUUGCCAUGGGUAAAAAUGGCACUGAUGUGUGUAAAGAAGCUGCCGAUAUGAUAUUAGUCGACGACGAUUUUUACACGAUUAUUGCUGCCAUUGAGGAAGGAAAAAGCAUUUUCCACAACAUUAGAAACUUCGUAGGUUUCCAGUUGUCUACUUCAAUAGCAGCUCUUGCCCUGGUAGCGUUGGCUACUAUUAUGGACAUUCCAAAUCCUCUUAAUGCCAUGCAGAUAUUAUGGAUCAAUAUUAUUAUGGAUGGUCCACCAGCUCAGAGUUUGGGAGUAGAGCCUGUUACCGAUGACGUAGUCAAGCAGAAAUCCAGAGACACCAAAGAGCCGAUGAUCACUAAAAAGCUGAUCGUUAACGUUCUGUUGUCGGCCAUUUUUAUUGUGGCAGGUACCUUGUGGGUCUUUAACAAAGAGAUGACAGAAGACGGAGUAACAGCCAGAGACACAACAAUGACCUUUACCUGUUUUGUGCUGUUCGAUAUGUGGAACGCGUUGUCAUAUCGUUCCCAAACCAAGAGCGUUUUUCAGAUUGGACUGUUCUCCAACACCUUUUUCCUCGUAGCCGUUGGUCUGUCGGUGCUUGGUCAACUGUUGGUCGUUUACGUUCCGCCUUUACAGGGAAUUUUCCAGACGGAGGCACUUACAGCUUGGGAUAUGGCUUUCCUUACCGGUUUGACGUCAACGGUUUGGAUAUUUUCCGAGAUCAAAAAACUAGUCGAACGAUUUCUGGAGAACAAAUGCCGGGGGAAAAAGUCGCCCCUGGAGUACGUAUGACAGCGCAAAAAGCCUAAAAGGGGCUCCAAAACCAGGUAUUGUUAAACCACUUCGUUACCUUCCAUUCUUGGAUCGCGAAACAAAAGUAACAAAAUGUAUUUUUAAGCUGAAACUGUUCUUUUUAUACAAAACUCAUUAAAAAAUCUAAUUUAUAUUUUUAUAUUUGUUGUUUGUUUAUUAUUUAUUAUGUAGCGUUCACGGCCACUAAGGUUUUUGUUGUGACGACAAGUAUGCCGCUUUGAAGUUGUUUGUGUGUCGGGUGGUUUAGUGUGAAUGCAGAUUGUUUAGUUUGUGUUUCGGUAUUACGUACAUUAAUAUUACUUUAUCUUUGAACGAAACUGUCUCACGCAGGGCAUUUAUUAUAUAUAUAUUAUUUCUACAUAUAAGGAUUCUGAUAAAACGUUGGUAUGUACAGUUUUUACCAUUUUCUUUUUAGUCGGCGUGUUCAGAACGGAUAAUAAAAUAUAGAGGUUAUAAAAGAGUUAUUACCGUAGCUUUUUAUUACUUUAAUUAAUUUUUUCAAUUGUUUCUAUUUUUUCUUUUUCGUCAAUCCCCUGGCAGGCCUCAUCAUCAUACGUGGUCUGGGUUUUAACGUUUAAAAAAAAACAAUAGUAUAUUGUUUUAUUAGGAGUAAAAAUGACACUUUUUGUGGUGAGGCUCUACGUUUCACAUACAGGCGAACCACAAAAAGUAAUUUUUACUCCGAAUAGAACAUGCUAUUUUUUUUUCAAAUGCCACAAAUAUUUUUUAAACAAUUUCAAACGUUCAAUUUGAAUUUGACUUCUUGAAAUGUCAGUUUAAUAAUAUAUUUUCGUUCUUUUGUGCUUAGGCAUAAAAGUGCUUUACUUAUACGCCUAGGCGUUAAAAUGACGUUAUCUACGACUAGUCUAGAAAAUGCAGUUUGACACACGGAAAACUCGAUCUGAAAUUGGCGUUUUGCAAACUGUUGUGCGCUAAGGAUUUAGCGUACGACAUGUGUCAUUUUGCACACGACCGACAUGUGCCAAUUUUAACGUUUUUAACCUCCAAUGUUUAGCUGAAACGCCAAACCCAACGCAGCCGUCAGAAAAGUAUCAUUACAUCGCAAAUUAUUUCACAAAACUGGUAAAAACUGAGUGAGACUGCUGCUAAUUUCUAAUCGUAGAAAAAAUAGCGUAAAAAACUCGUUCGAAAACUUCUUUGUACACUCGUUCCACUUGUGGCUCUUGCCUGCGGCUCGAGCCAACAAACUGUCGAACUCGUGUGCAAAACGUCGUUUUUGAAACUCGUUGUUUAAUAUACUAUUUUUAUAUUGUCAGUCACGUCGCACAGUGAUAGAAAAUGAAAUUCUGAAUCUCUGAAGUUCCAAAAUUCAAAUUUCUUGUUGACUUCAAUCUUUUACAAAAUGAUAUAUUAUCCUUCAAAGAAAGCUAAUAAACAGUGCUACACAAAUCCCAGUCGCCCUGGCUAAGAAACAAUUGCUCCACGUUGACAACAAGUCGAAACAGUUAAUACGCCGUUUAGAGAAAUUCUGAUCUCGGUUUCGAUUGCAGUCUUAAUCGUUUCGUUAAAUUAAUGUUCGUGUGUUUUGAUUUCUCAAACACAUGCUGCAUAUUUCUGGAGAUAUGUAAUUUGUGUUUUACAUAGAAUUAUGAUCUUUAGUAUGAAAGAUACUUUAGGACGCUCAAUUAAAGUGUACAUUGUAAAUUAACGAAUAAUGCGAAAACGUUGUUGCAUAACAAGGUAGAACUUCUUUGUGCCUUGUUACGACUUCCAAAUACUAACAUCAUUUUGUUCUCUACAUUUUUUCCUUCUAAAAAAACAAAAAACUUAUGCCACCAGGCGCCCCUUCUCAUUUAAUAUACAGUGUCCACCAUAAUGUUGGCUACAUAUGGGAAAUAUUUUUAUUUAUGGGAUUUCCAAAAAUUUUGUUUGGUGGAUCGCUCCUACAUGUUUAAUAACCUAAAAAGUCAUUAUGACAUCAGUGACGUGAUCACUAUCAUGGCGGCAAAUUAAAAAAAACCGCUAUGAAAACGCGAAAAGUGGGGUUAGAUGGCAAAAUAUCGAAAAAAGUUAUUUGAAAAAAAUGUUUAGAAUGAUAUUUUAAGGCUACCUGCAAAAUUUGGAGCGGGAAUAAGAAAAAGUAGAAAAAGGCAUAUUUUGAGUCCUGGCUCUUCUAUAAAAUAUUUUUAUACGGAUUUUAUUGCUGGAUCAGCUCAAGUAACUUGAUACUUAAUGUGUAAAAGUAAAACAAUUCAAAAUUUCACAUUGAAGUCAUUUCCAGAGGAUAAAGUCAGAAAAGUCGAUUUCGAAACGGUAAUUUUUUGUAGCCGUGCCGUGUUUCUUGACAGUUUGUCAGGUUUCCAAUAAUUCAGUGGUGCAUGCUAUACUUUGAAUAUCAAGUUACUUGGGCUAAUCCAGUAAUAAAUUCCAUAUAAAAAAUGUUCAUAUAAGAACCAGACUUGGAGCCAGGGCUAAAAAUAUGAUUUUUCCACUUUUUAUAAUUGUCGCAAAUUUUGUAGAUAGCCUUAAUUUUAAACACUUUUUUCGAAUAACUUUUUUCGAUAUUUUGCCAUCUAACCCCACUUUUCGGGUUUUCAUAGCGGUUUUUUAAUUUGCCGCCAUGACAGUGAUUACGUGACUGAUGUCAUAAUGACUUUUAAAGUUACUAAACAUGCAGAAGCGAUCCCCCAUACAAAAUUUUUGCAUAUCCUAUAAAUUAAAAAAAAACAUAUUUAGCCAACAUUAUGGUAGACACUGUAUAGGUAGACAAACAGGGUGAAAUGUCGAUUUUCGGUUAUUUGCAGCUUAAAAACAGUUGAAGAUAGGUAUAAAACAUAAAAUAUGUCUAGAAUUUGACAUAAAAUCCACAAAAAAAAUAACAAAUAUAGGUGUUUCCUUUAAAACCAAGAAGUUAUCUGGCAUAACUCAAUUUUUGGGAAACCCUGUACACAUUAAAAUAUCAUCAAAAAAUGGCUUCAUGGCAUCAUUCAAAAAUGGCAUCAACAAAAUCAAUAAUCGACGUGUCCGAGCGUUUUUUCGAAAAAAAGAACAUUGAUUUUUCUUAGAUUCUCACUGAAAAUAAAUAAACAAUAAAGGCACUCGUAUCUAUAGUUAUUAUUAAAAAAAACUUUUGCAACAUCAUUUGUAAGAGUUUAUUAGCUUAUACCUUGAUUUAUAAAGCCGAAAAAACACUUAUAUAACAUAAAUAUUUUUUGAACCGUAGAAUUGCAUUUUCAAUCACUGUGCGUCGCCAAAAUUAAUACUUUUGUGACGUUUGAAAAAACAAAAUGUUUUUUGUUUUUUCAAACGUCAACUACACCUUGAACAGGAUUUAUGCCAGGAAAUCGCCCAUAAGGCUGCGCAUUCUCUUGAUUCUUUAAUCAACGAUAAUACUAUUAUUAUUGAUGUUAACUUAAAAUGUUUCUUAUAUAACCUCUUUAUUUUAGACUGUAUAUUAUUAUUACUUUAUUAGUUUUUUUAUAAAUAUAAACCAUUCUAAGGUACAGGCACAGCAUAAGUACAUAUUAAUUAUUAUUACUUUUUCUGAAUAUGUUUUCAGUAUUGCUUGACUCUGUAUAUUUUAUGGUAAAUACUGUAUAUAACUUUUAUAUAUUAUGUAGUUAAUUUAUUGUAUUUUUAAGUGUUGAUUAUAAAAUAUUUACCAAGUUCGUUCAAAACAAAACCUAAUUACUAGGUAUAUAGGUAGCUAGAUUAUUGAUUUUUUAUAUCCUAUGUAGCUUUUAAAUAUAUCUAUAACAUAAAGUCAUUUUACAGGUUAUGUUUUUUAUAGUACUUACGUAAGGACAUAAUCAUUGUUCACCCAGACGAGAGUUGUAGUCAGUCGUACUCGAAAUAUAUUUAAACAAACCAGUGAAAUGAAUUUGUUUCAGUAUAGUUCGUAGUUGUUUAAUAAUCGACGCUCAGAUUAUUUAAUAUUAGUCUUUUUUUAUAAACAUUUAAGUAGGUUAAGAUCACUGAAUCAUGGCUGUUACAUUAUUGUAAACUUAGUUCUUGUAUGUUUGCCAUUUUAUCUCUUCUCGUCAUUAAAAUAAAAAAACCAUAUCAUAACAGUGGUUAAGAAAAACACCCUUAAUGUUAAGGUAAUAUAUUUAAAAUACAUACUAACACGUAGAUGUCAGGUCUUACUCAAUAUAAACGUCAAGCUUUGUCUACUAGCUUGUAAGAAAUAAAUAACAAAAUAUUUUCUUCUGUAAAUACUCACCUUUAAACGUAUUGCCCAGGAGUUUACUAAGAUUUUUUAUUAAUCAUUUUUGUGAAAACGAGAUAUAAACAAUUUGCUGAACGAUUGAACUAACAUUGAACUAAGUUCAAUUAAUAAUGGUUUAAAAUUACUGCACUAUAGAGUGCUAAAAUUAUUUUAAAAGCUUUUUGUCAAUUUAUAGUGUAAAGAUUGUUUAUAGAUUCUUUAAGUUAUUUAAAUAAAUAAACAAAUGUGGCAACUUGAUAUUUUCAACACCAAAGCUACCACCUGAAUUAUUGGCGGGAAAUUUAAAUUCUAGUUAGUCAGACCUGCGCCGAAUUUGUCCAUGGUUGGAAACAAUGAAUUUAAAAAUCGCGCUCUGGAUUACGUAAUAUAUAUGGUAUUACGAGUAGAAUCCUUCCUUUGUUCUUCUAUGUUCACUGAUUGUCAUCUAACCUCACUAUUUACAUAUUUUUGUAGAACAUUUUUUAAUUUGUUAGUUCAUCCUACAUUAGUUGUCACAUGAUACACGUAAUUUUUUAAUCUUACAUAAUUUUUCUUAAUAAUUAAAUAUCUUCCUAUUUAUUACUACUUUUUGUUGGCCACUGUAAUCCAACAUAAUUCUCUCUUCUCAACAACUAUAUAUUCUAAUUAGUAAACAACUUGUUUUACCUUUCUUGUAUUAAUACAUUUCCAGGUGUUACAUUACUUCUUAAUUUUCCGAUUUAUAAAUGUAUAUAAAGUAAUCGCAAAACAAUUUCCGAUGCACGCGAUCAACUUUGAGUGACAAGCGCCAGUGCUGCCUGAUUGUGAUGGAUUCAUGAGCAGAAACAUAAUGUAAAAUUGGGAAACAAUAUAUUUAUUGUAUAUCAUUUUUUAAAGAUUUUUACGUUCUUUUUAUUUUAAUAAUUAAUUUAUUUAUUAACAGUAGUCACUAACACUCACAGUAGAAAUAUUUAAAUUUAAGGCAGCAGCUACUCGCUACCAAUCGAAAUAAGCAGAAAUAUCUUUGAAAGUGGUAUAAUGUGCUUACCAAUCAACCUUACUUCUCUGACUGCAGUCAAGGGUAAUUAAGGACCUUUAUUGUCACAUUCUCGUUCAAAAUAUUUUAUCAGGAAAUCUACAAGCGCUUUGCUUCGACUGUUUAAAGGUUUCGGCAUAUUUUCGACACACAAUUUCAAGAAAUGCAUUACAAAAACUCGAAAAUUUAGUUCUUAAAAGAACUGUUUGUGCUUAAAAGUACAAUUUUUAAAAAAAGAAUAUGAAAAUCUGCAAAAAACGAGAAUUACUCCCAAAGAUUCAACAACUACACGAUAUUAUACAAAAUAAUGACUGACAUUGUGACAAUUGUCAAAUAAUAAACGACAACGUUGCUGGUCUCGGCGUAAUGUGACCAACAAGGCGAUAAUAAAAAUCGCUUUAAACUAAUUUUUGCAGAUUUAAUCUAAAUAAAAUAAUGUUACAAUCUUUGAUCUAUGAAGUAAAAUGAAAUGCUGCUCGGUAUUUUAAAUUAUACAACAAAUUUAAACAUUUUUGCCAAAAUUUCAUUUAGUCAGGUUUAUAGGCUUUAGCACCAAUUUCGAUAUGAUUGAUGACGUGCAUCCGAAAACGUUUUACGAUUACCGUAUUUUUAUUUCGUAGUAAUUCAUCACCAUCUAGUAAAUUCCUGUGGGCAACGCGGUAGAAUACGAAUUUAAAACCCAAUAAGAUGGUUGUUAUUGAACGUAUUUGUGAGCUUUUCUCUGUGAUAGCUUUUGCCACUGCAUCACGAUCCCUCUUGUUAGACCGGCUCCCAGCUGUCCAAUAUAUUCUUGCAAUUAUUUGUACCUCACAAAUAAUAUAUAUACUGGGUGGUCAAGUCCAGAAGUCAGGGCUGCGUCCAGUUAUUGAGGAUAGUCGCACUCCGGACAUAAUAUUUACGUCAUUCAACUUUUAAAAUAAAGGAUAUUCUUAUAGAGGGAAGCAUCCUAAUCUAAUGUUAAUAUAGUAAAAUAAGAACAAAACACUCUAGGUUAUUACGUCACGUCCAAACAUUGUUGUCCUCAAUACCUGAACGCAGCCCAGUAGUUAAUUGAAACAAGGUAAAAUAUCGGAAGUACGCCACCCUCUAGUGCCCAUUUCUGUAUCUGUGUCACACCAAAUCUGUUUGAUAUUGACUUUGUAAUAAAAUUAGUUUCUUCUAUGUA